AUGUGGUGCCCUAUGGCCAUUGCCAGGGCCAGCGUGGCAGGGGUGCUUUUCCAAAGCCGGGGUCGUUCUGGAAGGCCGGGUGGGCUGACACGCCCGGAGCUCAGCGACCACCGAGGUUCCUGCCUUCACGAGGACGAAGCCGGGCCUGGUGAGCUGGCGUUAAGGGAGCCUAGCGAGUCGGGCGUGUGCGGGGCCGUGGCGGAGGUUGGAAUCGGCUGGGAGCGGUUGGACGCGGAGAUCAAGCCGUGGUGGACUGUGCCUGAAAACUUUACCUUUCCUCUGGAAUUUUACAUAGAAGAGGGCCAGGGGAAGCUCAUGUUUGGUGAGUGGUCCCUGCCCAUUCCCCACCCCUCACCUCCCGGCACUGGUCCUCCUGGCCCGCCUCGCAGGCCACCUGGCCUGGACCUGGCCCCCAUCAUCGAGGCGCACAGCCAGACCCUCAUCCGGCUGGAGAUGCGCUUCACGGCCACGGGCCUGACGCGCGUCCUCGUCAUGGGACGCGAGAUGCUGCGGUUUGUGCAGAAGCUGCCCCUGAGCCCGCCUGACCUGGCUGCCCCGCCGCCCAUUGCGCUGGACCUGCUAGGCCUGUUUUCGUCCCGCCGGAGAGGGAGCCACCGUCUCCCUUCGGCCUUCUCAGGCUUCGCCUUACGCAAUGUUUGGCUCUAG